AUGGACCGUCAUACAGAAAUUGUGGAAGAUGUCGCCGACAAAAUUCGCAACUUCUAUAAGCUUGGGCAGCCAUUUAGAAUAUUCCAUGGCUCGUCGAGCAGUACUCGCCCUCACCAUGAUCCUGGUGUUAACAUCAUCGAUAUCGGUAUGUUGUCUGAGAUCAUUUCCAUCGACACUGCCCGGAAGACUUGCCUCGUGGAACCAAACGUCCCCAUGGAUCGACUAGUCGAGGCUACUCUGGCCUACGGUCUCAUCCCUCCAGUCGUGAUGGAAUUUCCCGGUAUCACUGCGGGUGGUGGAUUUUCCGGGACCUCUGGCGAGAGCAGCUCUUUUCGAUACGGAUUUUUCAACGAGACAGUCAACUUCGUGGAAAUUAUCCUUGGCAAUGGUGAAGUUGUGAGGGCCUCAAGUGAUGAGCGAGAAGAUCUGUUUCAUGGCGCUGCAGGAGCUGCAGGCACUUUGGGCAUUACUGUAUUGCUUCAGGUGCGACUUGUUGAGGCCCAAACAUUCGUGAAAACGACAUAUCACAGAGUCAGCAGUAUUGGCAGCGCCGUUUCACAAAUCGAAAAGUGCUGCAAAAAGGCCAAUAUCGACUACGUGGAUGGUAUUCUUUUUUCAAAAACCCAUGGCGUUGUUAUCACCGGGGAGCUGACCAACGUCAAACCUGCUGAGUCCCUAAUACGGACCUUUAGUAACGCCGGGGACCCGUGGUUCUAUAUUCAUGUCUCGGAUGUUACUACUGACCUUUCUCCAUUAUCGAGCGCCACCGAGUAUGUCCCUCUGGGUGAAUAUCUAUUCCGUUAUGAUAGAGCUGCAUUCUGGGUCGGUCGCCAGGGAUACACAUACUUCAAGUUUAUUCCGUUCAACAAAUUCUUUCGGUGGCUUCUAGACGACUACUCGCACACAAGAAUGCUAUAUCACGCUCUUCAUGCGAGUCGUAUUUCCGAGCAGUUUGUGAUUCAAGACCUGGCACUACCUUACGACACGGCUGAAAUAUUCAUUGACUGGGUUGACUCUCAGCUUGGAAUAUGGCCACUUUGGCUGUGCCCGCUAAAAGAAACCACUAUGCCGACAUUCCAUCCUGUCACAAGUAAUCUGGCGAAAUCCAGGGAGCAUUAUGGACAGACUGGUAUGUCUCAGCCCAUGCUCAAUAUUGGUGUUUGGGGCUGGGGGCCUUCGAAUCAAACAGAGUUCCUAGCCAAGAACCGCGCAUUGGAGGAGAAGCUCGUCGAAUUAGGCGGACGCAAAUGGCUAUAUGCGCACACUUAUUAUACUGAGGAGAGAUUCUGGGGACUGUACGAUCGUUCUUGGUAUCAAAGCCUUAGGGAAAGAUAUUUUGCAACGACCCUGCCAACGGUUUAUGACAAGGUGAAGAAGGCCAGUAGCACGUCCAAAGAGAGAGACGAAACGGGUUGGAAUGUCAAAUCACUACUACAAGCUUGGCCAUUAGGAGGGCUCUAUGGAAUGUUUCUAGCAUUUUAUUCGGGAGACAUCAGGCUGCAUCGAAGAGCCAAGUGGAGAUAUCCAACCCCAAAAAGUGCUUUCGUAGAUCAAGAUGCCUGA